AUGGUGGAUCAGUUGUGGUACAAGUAUAUUCACAUUGAGGAGAUGCUCGGCAAUGUGGCUAUUGCAAGGGAAAUGUUUGAGAGGUGGAUGUCAAAGCAUCCUGAUCAGCAAGGUCGGCUUUCAUAUAUGAAGUUUGAGUUGAUGUACAAUGAAGUCGAGAGGGUGAGAGGGAUUUCUGAGCGAUUUGUGGACUGUCAUCCGAAGUUUGGCGCCUGGAUUAGAAGUAUGAGGAAUGUUCACCAGAACACUGUUAUACGUGGAUCUAGUUUGCAGAGUUGGCUGAAACAGAGAGAGCAAGAGCAAGAAACUAUGGAAUUCCCAAAAACAAAAGCAGAAAAGAUGAUCAGAGGAUUGAACUUGUUUCCUGAACUUGAUGUGAACGUUGUUGAAGACGAUCCUGCAUUUACAGUACCAAAAAUGGUCGAGAAAAGUUUACAAUUUCCCUGUUUAAGUGAUCCCAGAACCAGUGUUCAAGACUUGGGACACAGGGCUGGAUAUUAUAGACUUCCUCACACCAAAAGUGCAAGGAUGUUCUAUUUUUUCUUUCAAUCAAGAAACAAGCCGAGUACAGACCCUGUUGUUGUAUGGUUAAGUGGAGGACCCGGAUGCAGCUCAUCGCUGGCCCUGUUUUAUGAAAACGGCCCUUUCCACAUAGCAAACAACUUAUCUCUUGUAUGGAAUGAUUUUGGUUGGGAUAAGGCCUCAAACAUUAUAUAUGUCGACCAACCAACUGGAACAGGUUUCAGUUAUACUUCUGACAGAGCUGACAUUCGAAUUGAUUCUGUGGGAGCUGCCACUGAUUUCUAUGACUUCCUGCAGGCAUUUCUCCAAGCGCACCCUCAAUAUGCAAGGAAUGAUUUUUACAUCACUGGAGAAUCAUACGCCGGGCACUAUAUUCCAGCUUUUGCUGAUCGGAUUCGACGGGGAAAUGAUAAUAAAGAAGGGAUUCAUAUAAACAUGAAAGGAUUAGCUAUUGGUAAUGGAUUGACAGAUCCAGAGAUCCAGUACAAGGCAUAUACUGAUUAUGCUUUAAACAUGAAAUUGAUCAACAACUCUGAUUAUGACAGCCUGAGUCAGUCACUUCCCGGAUGUGUACGGGCAAUAAAACUCUGUGGCAAUAGCAGUGAUCUUUCAGCAGCUUGCGCCGAGGCUUUCUAUCUCUGCACCGACAUUUUCAAUAAGAUAGUUGAAAUAUCUGGAGAUAUAAAUCACUAUGACAUUCGAAAACCGUGUGUGGGUUCUUUGUGCUACAACUUUUCGAACAUGGAAAAUUUCUUGAACCAGAAGUCAGUUAGAGAAGCACUUGGUGUUGGAGACAUACAAUUUGUUUCAUGUAGUCUUGAUGUGUAUGAAUCAAUGAAUUUGGACUGGAUGAAGAGUUAUGAGGUUGAUAUACCUGCCCUACUAGAGAAUGGAGUCAAGUUACUUGUAUACGCUGGGGAGUAUGAUCUUAUUUGCAAUUGGAUAGGAAACUCGAGAUGGGUCGAUGCUAUGGUAUGGUCGGGACAGCAAGACUUUGUAUCGGCUCCUUCUGUUCCAUUUAAUGUAGAUGGAGUGGAGGCGGGAUUAAAGAAAAGCCAUGGACUUCUCACUUUCCUUAAGGUCCACAAUGCUGGCCACAUGGUUCCUAUGGAUCAACCAAAAGCAUCACUAGAAAUGAUAAAGAGGUGGAUGCAAGGCAUACCUCUCUAA